UCCCCGAGCAGCAGGUGGCGGAGGCAGCGGCCGCGCUGGGGGAAGGCGGUGGCAGCAGCGAGAGGGUUAACCCGCGGCGGCCGCGGGAGGCAGCUGCAGGCGAGGCGGCGGGCAGGGCUGAGCGAGGGUGCAGCCACGGCGGCGGCGGGUGGUGGGUUGCUAGGGAUGGCGAGCGUCCGUGUCACCCGGAUGUGAGUGUCAUGUUGGCCCCAACUCGACGGGAUUUGCAAGCAGCAGCGGCGGAGACGAAGAGCCGGCGGCGGUAGCCCGAGCGAGCCCAAGCCCUUGCCUCUCGCCACCGCCAUGGGGGCAGCCGGAUAGCGGGCAGGGGCAGGGGCUGGGGGAAAGUGUCGGCACGCGCCUGGGCUUGGAGCGGCGGGGGAAGCAGCGACCCCCCAGAAAGGGAUCAUGAUGCCCCAGCAGCAGCCCCCUGAUGAAGAAAGCUAUGCAAAUAGCACCAGAAUUCCUCUUCCUGGUGACGGACCAACUCUCCAGUCAAACAGCUCAGCACCACCCAAGCUAUCUUGGCAAGCUGCAAUUGAUGCUGCUAGACAAGCCAAGGCUGCCCAGAGCAUGAGCUCCACAGCCCAACCUGUAGGAUCUCUUUCCCAAAGAAAACGCCAGCAAUAUGCCAAGAGCAAAAAACAGGGUAAUACGUCCAACAGUCGCCCAGCUCGUGCCCUUUUCUGUUUAUCCCUCAAUAACCCAAUCCGAAGAGCCUGCAUUAGUAUAGUAGAAUGGAAGUAUCCUUUUGAAAGAAUUGUGUUUUUAACCAUCUGUCCUCUAAAUAAAUGUGUGUCCAAGAGAUAG